AUGACUGAAUUACCCCCGAUUCUGAAUUUGAGAUAACAGACUUGGCUUGGUGCUGACAAUCUUAUGGCUCAAAAUUAUAAUUUUACUCAACUACCUUAAAAUGGAGAGAAUUUAAAACAUUAAAAGCGAAACUUCAACCUGAAAGUUGGUGAUAUCAUCUAUUUUAAAUCCUAUUUAAGUGAUGAUUUUAAGGGAGUAAUAUCUGGUGAUGGAAUUGCAAGCAAUAAAUUAGAAUGUGUACAGAUAUUAGGUAAGAAUAAAGUCUUAGACACCUAAUCAUAAAAAAGCGUAUAGUACAAAGUAGGCAGCUUGUCAUUCUAAAAAUGUUUAUUUUAAAUUGUUACAGGAAAAAAAUACUUAUAUUAAAAUUAAUAUAAGUAAGAAAGAGAGAAACCAAUAGAUUAAUUAAGGGAUAUCGCUGAAAUUGAGACAUACUCUAGAGAGUUGGGCAAAUUGACUUCUGAUUAUGAUUAAAGAUUAGAAGAAUAUAGGAAGAAAUGUGAAGAAGAAAUGAAUGAAAACGAAAGAUUAUACAAUCGUUUAUAUGGAUCUAAUUUUGUUUAUGGUUAAGAAAUAUAGUUAUUACAUAUUUAUUCUGGAUGCACACUUUCUCUAAAUAGUGACAUUUUAGCAAAGGAAAAUUGCUGUAGAGAACUAUCCCUAGAAGAAAAACCAAGUUAAACUUCAAACUUUAGAAUUCUAUCUCUAAACUCUGUUAAAAAUCCAGGAGAACCUAUUUUGUAUGGAGAUUAAAUUAUUGUUCAAAAUUCUAAUUAGUCACAGUGGAAGGUAGGUAUACAAUAGCCAUCCGUCAAGUUUUAAAAGAAAGAUGGGCUAGAAGUAAAUGCAUCAGAAUAAGCUUAUCCAUUGAAAAUUUCAAGCUACAUUGAUAAUAAAACAGAAGAAGAAAUUAAUAAAUUACAGAUUAAAGGAAAGUACUUAUAGAAUGGUGACGUUGUAACUAUAAAAAACAGAUACUUGGGAGGGUACUUAUGUAUUAAGAGAAAAAAAAGAAUUACUGAUGAAUUGGAAUAGAAAAAAUUAAUUAUUAAAGAUUAUGAAACGAAUAUCAAUUAUUCAAUUAAUUAGUUUUAUUUUGAUGUAGAUAAAAUAAGAAAUGAAAAAAUUAAUUAAAUGUAUUAAUUAUAUGUUGAUACUACACCUAAAGCUGAUGAAAACUUAAAUUCUCUCUGGUAAUUUUAGCAUGUAGAUAGUUUAAUAUAUUCAAGGUCUACUUAUGAAAAUGUAUUUUUGAUAAGGCAUGUUUGCACUGGAUUAUUUUUGUAAAUAACUAAUAAUGGAGUCGGAUUAACCUAUGAUGGAUUAAAGUUGGAAUGCUAGUUUAAUCUGAAAUCUAAAAAAACAUAAAUUGAUCCAAUUUCUUAUAGUGAGGCCUGUAAAAUUUAAUCGACCCUAAACCAUUCAGUUGAUGGUUUAGUCGCAUUAGAAGGAGUAGUUAUGGUUUGCUUGGAUGAAAAUAAAGUUGCGGUCUAAAGAAAAAGCUAAAAGUAAAACAUUGAAAGAGCAACUUUUCUAUUAAGAUCAACAUCAUAGGAUCUUUAAAAAAUAUCAUUUAGAAUUAAUUCUCUUCAAGAAUACUUAAUUUAAUUUUAUAUCUUUUUAUAAGAUUGGGGGGUAAUUAAAUAGAUUGAAUAAAAUUAAGAAGAAAAACGAAUCUACGAAUAUUAUGAAGCUUUCAAUAACUAAAAGUUAUUAUUUGAUGAGAUAUUACAACUAUUUCAAACUUUGGACAAUCUUACAAUGUAUUUAACCAAUGAAGGCAAGCCUUAGUCAAUUGAAUAAUAAUCGACUAAAUAAAAGACGUUAAUGGAUAAUGAUAUUAUCAAUUUGCUAUUUGCAAUUUAAAGAUUAUGUAAUUGUAUGAUCUAUGGAAAUGAUAAACAAAAUAUUCAACCAUUAUAAGAAAAAAGUCCUUAAAAAAUUGCCAAAAUGAAAUUAGAUCCAAUGGUUACUUAAUCUCAAAAAAUGAAUUGCAUAAAAGAAAUUUACUCUGUUUUGAAUCUUUGUGUUUAAAGUAAUCCAGAAACAAGCUAUUAUGUAUUAAGCCUGGAGAUGAAUAAAGAGAGUAUUUUAGAUUUCUUGCUCUAAUAAUUGAAACAUUAAAGAGAGUAAGUUUCCAAUCUAAUCAAAGAAAGCGUACGCUAUACAGAUAUAAGCGAUACUAAAAGUAGUUUAAAGAAAUGGGUUAAUGAACUUUAGCCAAUAACCGAAGAUAACAUUGAGGAUUAAGCCCUAUAUAUUGAAAUCUUAAGUUUAAUGAUGAUCGAUCCUUACGAAAAUCCAAAUUCUAUGUGUUAAGAUACUUGUCGAAGAUUAUUAUUCGGAACAAAAUUUAAAUCUAGUUAGUCUCUUCCUUUUUAAAAAGCUUUAGUUGCAUUAGAUAUUUAUGAAGAAAACUAAAAUUAUUAUCCGGUUGUUCAAUUUUCUCCAAAAAGAGAUAAAGAAACACUAUUAUUUUUAUCACAUCAGUUUGGAUCAAAUAAUCCAACAUUUUGUCAAUUAUAUUUAAGGUUUGUUGAAAAAUAAAUUAAAUCAACAUAAAGAUUUCAGAAAACAAGACCUCCUUUGGUAGAUGUCACAAUUGAUUUCUUUACUACUGAAACGCUAAAGGAAAACCAAUUGGUGAGACAAGAAGAUUAUAAAGUAGUACUGCCAAUAUUUGUAAAAUAUGAAAACUAUUUAAUGAAUGUUAUGGAUUUAUACUCAUCAUUGUGUAAGGGGAGAAAUUAAAAAAGCAUUAAAUGUUUGAUGAAAAAUUGCUUUUUAAAUGAAAAUUUCUUAGAAAUAUGUUUGAAAAGACAAUAAAAAAUAAAAACGGAACUGAGAUUUGAGAGAACUUUAAUUGAAUUAUUUUGUAAUUUAUAUUUAGAUAUUGAUCCUUUAAUAAAAAUUUCAUCAUUUGAUAAUAAAUGCUAUUUGAAUGAUGAUUUAGAUCAGUUUGACAUUUAGAAUCAAUCAGGAAUUUAUUUCUACGAAAAAAAUGCUUCAAAAUAAUUGAAAAGAAACGAAGAAUAUAAGAAAUUUAUAAAUUCAAAAGAGGCAAAAGCAGAACAUCAAUAUUUGAAAUAGUUUGCCUCGAAAAUGCUUACUAGAAAGUAAAUAAGUGAUGUAAGGAUUUAUUAUUUAGAACUAUUCACUUAAAUAGAUUAUCCUGACCAUUUCAAAGUUCUAGAAUUUAAUAACAAUAUAAUUUAACCUUUUAAUUCUACAAUGAAAUAAAUUAACAUUAACUAUUAAAGAUUAGCCAAUUAUUAAUUAGAAUAUUUUUUGGGAAUUUUAUAGAUUGUAAAAAAUAGUAUUGAUUUCGGAUAUAAUUAAUUGGAUGAAAAUUAAAGAAUAUUUGCAAUAUUACCAAAUAUUUUUGUAGCAUUAAUUUUACAAUAAAGACCAGAUGAAAAGAUCUAUAAAUUUAACGAUGAUGAAAAUUUUGAAUGCAAUUUAUUUAAAUUAAAUUAAUCUAUUGAAAGCAAUGUGUGGGUCACAACUUACUUACCAACUCUUCAAUAGUUAUAAGAAUAAAAAUUAUCUAAGCAUAAAAAUUAAAAUAAAAGCUAAUAAUAAUCAGAUUAAACAAUUAAAUAAGAUAUUUAAUUUUAAAGAAAUUGGAUCCUUUAAUUUUUGAUUUGGACAUAUCAAUAUUGCAAUGAUGACUUAUUAAAAAUGAAAAUUUAUUUAGAAGGUCUUCAAAUUUUAAAGAUAUUUAGUAAUUUAAAAUUAAAUCUUUAAAUAUUAGAGUUCUUAUUUAGUAAAUAAUAAUAAAAUGAAUCAAAUUAAAGUAAUUCAAACUCUAAAAUUCUUGAUGAAUUUGACUUGAAUGAAAUUCCAAAGUAUGAUUAAGGCUAUUGGAUACAAAAACAAAAACCUCCAUUACAGAAAGCCAUUUUCAAUGUUUUUAAGGAACCAGAUGGUAAUAAGUUUAGUGCUUUAUUGUUUUCUUGUUUACUUUCCUCAGAAAAAAGAAAUAAAUUAAAUGAAGAAUUGCUUUAAAGUUUGAUACAUAACUUUAAUGCUCCCAAAAAUUCAACAUAUGAAAUCAAAGAAGUAGAAAUUAUUGAUAAUUUGAUGGAACUAAAGUAUUUUUCAAUAAUUAAUGGAAAUUCAAGUGCAUUUUAGAUUAUUAGUCCUAAAGAAGCAUAAAUUUUAACAAAAAGAGCUAUAAAAUACAUUCAAAGCACUAAAAGGGAAAAAAAUGCUUAAUAGCGUAUUACACCAUUUGAAUAACUAAAGAUCUAUCAAUCAAAAAUAAUUGAAUAAUUUGAGUAGUUCUUUAAAUCAAAUUCUUAAGAAGCAAAUGCAGGAGUUCAUUUGGUAUUUCUAUAAUUUUUAAUAAAACCCUAAACUGUGUGUAGUUCUCCUGAUAUAGUUUAAUUUUAUAAAAGUUUAAUUGUAUUUUUUGAAUACUUCAUUAAGAAUAAUGAAACCAAUAUUGAAAUUUUAGCUUAAAACAGUUAUUUGUAUAAACUACUUGAUUUAAUUUAAAUUGAUCAAUUAGGAGCUGAGGAUUUGUUUUACAUUCCAAUUAAAGUUACUAAACUAAUAGUUUAAUUAGUAUCCACAAUUCCAAAAAUCGAACAUGAUAACUUCAUUCUGAAUGUUUUUGAUAGAAUAUAAAAAUUAGGAGAUGAAUUAUUGAAGAGUUAAGAGUUUUUUGCGAAAGCCAUCAGUUUUAAAGAUGAUUAAUAAGAAAUGAAGAUCACUCCAAGAAAAUAACAUGAGGAUGCUGUGGCUUAUUUUAGUUUAAUCCAAUAUUUAAGAAUCUUAAGAUGUUUUACUAAAACUUUUGAAACUCCGGCUUAGCAAUCCCCUCUCAAUAAACAUUUGAUUUUAAGUUCCAUUUUAAAAACUUAAUUUUUGACAAUAGUAUUGUAACCAGUAAAUUACUAUAGUAAGAUAUUAAUUCCUGAUAAAAUAAUUGAAAAUUAGAAUGGAAAUGAUAAUUUAUAUUACCAUAGAAUAAAGUUGCAUGCUUAAUUGAUAAUUCUAAUUACAGAGUGUUGUUCAUAUAAUAGAUUAGGAAUCUAAGAAAUGUAAAGAAUUAUAUUAUACGAAUAAUUGAAAUCGAUUCUUUUAAAUUCAGAUGCUGAAUACAUUGUUAAGAGAGCUUACUUAUAGUGCUUAUUUGAAUUAUAUAUAAAUAAAGCAAAAGAAGGAGAGUUUAGUAAUGAUACCAUCGAAAUUGAAGAAGUAAGAGACAUUUUAUCAAGAAUAAUUAUACCUGAAUUAGAUUAGAAAUAAAUAUGCAAACUAUUAGAAGGAAUCGCUAAAUUAAUAAACUUUGAUAAGAAUAAGAAGGUUACUCAAAGGGAUUUGAGAGAAUAGAUGGUAAGGUAAAAGAUGAAUUAUUUUGAAAAGAAAUUAUCUUUAGAUUCAGCACCUGAUAAAGUAUUAGGAAUUGUUAGAGAUUGUAGUGAGUUUUGGACAUAUUUGAGGAAAAAUGGAAUUAUUCACUUUUUAGUCUUCACUUACGAUGAAAUGAAGGAUAGAAUUGAUAUAGAAAACCUUGAAAUUUCUAAUUUAUCGGAUGAAUUUGCAAUUAUCAAAUAAAGUGUUUAGAAAAUCAAAGAAAUAUUUAAUGUUCUUGAAAGGGAUUUUCGAUUAAAAAAAGAAGACUUGGACUUAGAUGAUUAUAGAGAACUAAUUAUUUCAAUUGAAGAAAUUAUACCUCAAAGGAAAAUUACUAAAUUUGGAAAGAAUUUCAGAAUUGGAUUUAUACAAGAAAACAAUUCAGAUAAAUUAUUAUUUAAUAAAUAUGAUACUUUAAAAGAAGAUCAAACUGGAGAUAAAAAGCUUCAAGAAUAAGAGAAUGUGGAGAGGAUUGAAAACCAAUUUAAGAGAAAUUUUAAAAUAUAUAUGAUGAGAUACAAUGUCAAUAUUGUACAAUUUCUUCAAUUUAUUGAAAAAGAUUCUUUAGAAUUAACUGAUUAUGAAAAAUCCAGAAAGAUUCUCAAGACUUGCAACAUUUAUAAAUAGUAUAUUUAAUUAAAGGAUAUUGAAAGUAUAUAUUAAAAUGAUGUUGCUAGAAUCAAAAAUUAAGAAUCUGUGAAUAAUAGAAACAAGGUAUUUGUGAAUUGGGAUUUGUUUAAAUAAGCAAUGAGAGAAUAUUUUGAAAGAAAAUCUAAUACAAAUCAUACUCCUUCUUAUUAAAUUUAAGUAUAUUAACGUUAAUAAGAAAGUUUAGACAGCUUGAAAAAAGAUUUUUAACUAUCUACUAAUAGACUAAUUGCAAAAUAUUAUAAAAAAUUAGGAGGUUAGCUUGAAUUAAGCGGAAAUUUAAUCUCUGAAGAUGUGUAAAUAGAAUUAUUGAUAAAAACUUUAGAGAAGUAAUAAACUAAUGUAUUUAACAUAGAUCAUCUAAAAGACUUUUUGAAAAAAUGUUAAGAAAUAUUUUUAAAUAAAGAAAUUUAUCUAAUCAAGUUAUGCAGAAUAUUUUUAUAGCUUAAAAGACCUACUCAAGAUGAAAUAGAUUCUUUGGUUGAAGCAAAAGAUGAACAAUCUAAAUAAGCUGUGAGAGAAAAAAAAGAUAUAUAUAUAAAAUUUUAAAGGGCUAUGGCUGAUGGUUAACUUGAUAUAUUGGCAUUAGAUAUGCUGAAUUAAACAGAUGAUGAUCAAUAUAAAAUUGAAGCAUUAUCUUUUCUUAUUCAUUUAUUAGAUUUUGGAAAUGAAUAUAUAUAAAGGAAAUUUUACAAAUUGUUACAGGGAGAAAAUGUGAAAUAAAAGUUUUUAAUAUUUUUAAGAAGAUUCUUUUUGACUGAUUUAGAUGUAAAAAUUAAAGAGUUAGAAUUAAUUGAAAAUGAUACUACUGAAUAUAAACUACUCUGUCUCAAAGUCCUAUAAUUACUCUAAGCUAUGUGUGAAAAUGUAAACAUUGAAUUUCAGAAAUUUCUAGUAUUUUAAUAUGAUGAUGAUUCUUAUUAAGCAAAUAUCAAUAUUGUAAAUGAAGUUGCUAGUUUAUUAGCUGAUCUUUUAGAAAAAGGAUAUAAAGUAUUUUAUAAGUUAUAAGAUAUCUACAGAUAAGCUUUAGAGAGUUUAGUUGAAUUUUCUACAGGUUAUGUGGAAAAUAAAAAAGAAUUAUGUAAAAACACAAGAUUAUUUACUUUACUAAAUUCAAUUUUGCAAAAAUAAGACCUAACAAGCUUCAGUUAGCUUUAUGAAGAAAACAAAAUGAUUUUAAAGGAAAGACAACUAAUGAAUUAAUCAUUGGAGGAAGAAGUAGUGAUAGAUACAAAUCGGAUUGGUUCAGAAGAAGGAAAAAAGAAAUAUGGAUUAUAUUAGACAUUGUAAUCAUUUAUUAAACUACUCCUUUUAUUGACCUAAGGAAGAGCGGAUAUUUAAUCAUUAGAAUUUAUUUUAAAAACUGUUGAUAUUAGUAUUUUGAUAAGAAUAUGCAAAUCUAUAUAUGAAGAAAGAAUCAAAUCAAAAUAAAAGAACAUAAUUUUAGAUAACAUUUGUGAUGAAUCAGAAACAGGAAUUCAUAGAUAUUGUACUAAUAGUUUAUGCCAUUUUGGAUUAAGAACAGAUGAAGAUAAUCUUUUAAUAUAAACUGGGUUUAAUAUAUUUACCAUAUGUCUGAAAUUAUCAGAACAUUUUCCACAGGAUAAAUAAUUGGACUUGUUCAAAUUUGAUGAAGAGUAAGAAGAAUAAGAAGACCUGUUGGAUUUAGAUGAUAUCCAAGAAGAGGAACAAUAAAGAAAAAACAUUCUGCCUAUUUCAAAAAUAUUACCUUUAAACUAAGGAAGCUAAUGUGGUUAUAAUUAAGAAGAUGUUGAUGGAUUGUUGCAUAAAGAUGAAAUGAAAUUUAAUGAUUUAAGCUUUAAAAAUAUCAUGAUGGAUGUAAGGAAGGACAAAAAUUAUUAAUUUGAUAGAACUCAAAGGUUUUUUAAAUUUUAUAGAUAAUUUACUGGAAGAAUAGAGAUACAAAAUGAAUUCAAUUAAUUAGAAAAAGUAUACUUUUAAAAACCUUUUGUUUGCAAUUUUAUAACUCCAAAUAUUAAACAACAUUUGAUCUAUGAAAUCAACAGAGAAACAGAUGAAGAUAGAAUGUUAGGAUUGAUUGAGUUUUCUGAAUUCUAUUAGGUUCAAAUGAGGCAUUCUUAAUACAUUAAUAAUAAAAAAGUUAUGCAUUUCGGUGCUGUGUAUUGGAGAUUGUUAAAGGAUAUAUCUUUCCUUUUAUGUCUAAUAUUUGUAAUUCUACUUAUAUUUAUGCAUGAUACUGUAAUAAAUAGUAAAAUAGGAUCUAAUACUGAAGCCCCUGAAGAUACUGAUGUGACAACUGGAGAAAGCUUCGUUAGUUAUUUAAAUAAUAUAAUUACUAUCGUUUAAUUGGUUUUAAAUCUAAUUAUUGUGUUCUUUUGUGCCAUUGAAAGAUAUCCUAUUUCUAUUACAUAUAAUAGAGGCCAGACAAAUGCAAAAAGAGUUUAAAUCUUAAAAAAGGAAGCAGGAUUUUAGAUUUCAUGGUUGACGAUGAAAUAUUAUAGUUUAAUAGGAUACUUUGAAUCUGCAUUUUAAGAAGAUAAAGUGAAUCACAAUCCAAUAAAGCAGUUAAUUUUGGUGAUAUUUUUUGACUUUGAUAAUUUUUACAAUAUUUGCAUUUUUGGCCUUACUGUAUAUGCUUUCUUUAACCCUUACAUCUAUGCUGUACUCUUAUUAGAUAUCAUCAAACGAUCUGAAGAUCUUUAAAAUAUCAUUAGAUCAAUAACAUCCAAUGGUCGAAAUUUAGCUAUAUUUUCAUUCUUAGGAUUAAUUGGUUUAUUAGUUUAUGCUAUAAUUGCAUUCUCUAAUUUUGACUCAAUGUUUGAUGAUGAAAGUGGAGUUUAUGGCUAGACAUUUAUUCUUGCUGUUACUUCAACAAUCAAUUUUGGAUUGAGAAAUGGUGGUGGCUUAGGUGAAUCUUUGACUAAAUAUCCUGAUGCUUAUGAUGAUCCCACAAUAUAUUGGGGCAGAUACUUCUUCGAUUUUACUUUCUUUAUCAUUUUCAAUAUUCUUUUUAUCUAAAUCAUAUUCGGCAUCAUAUUGGAUACCUUUGGCGAAUUAAGAGAUGAAAGACAAGCUUUGGUUAAGGAAAUCGAAGGAAAGUGCUUUAUUUGUAGCUAAGAGAAAAAUGAUAUUGAUACAAAAGGUACAAAAGGUUGGCAUUAUCAUAUUUACUUAGAACAUAAUGUGUAUCAUAUGUUAUAUUACAUCAUUUAUAUUAAAAAUAAAGAUGCGAAUGAUUGUAAUUCUUUGGAGAAAUAUGUAAAUAAAUGUAUACAAGAAAAAGAGACUAAAUUUUUCCCAUUUGGUCGAGCACUUUAAAUAGAAGAAUAAGGAGGAGAGGAAGAUUACAUGGAUUAAUAAUGA